AUGUCUCCACUGCCCCCACCAAAGACUGGAGGACGUCCGGGAACGCUAUUCCCAUGGGCUGGAAACAUUUCCCACUGGCUUGAUCCUGGGACUGAAAUUCCGAAUCUGGAAGACGAGAAGAUCAAAUCGUCAAAAUGGGUAGAAGAUUUUGCAGAGCGUCUGAAACGCCUGCGAGAUGACGACGCAAGAACCUUUGCAGACGACGGAGCUGUGCAAUACAGCGAGCGAGCUCUAAACGUCCAGGUGAAGGAUCUCCAUGUCUGCGGCUUGGCUAUGAGAAGAUACAAGUACAAGAGUAUCGACUGUUUUGCAGAAAACCCCUACAAGUGCUCUGCCCAGGCACAACGUUAUGACAGUUUGACAAGCAAAGGCACUGACAAGACUCCCCGCAAGGAGCUAGUCCAGUGGAUGAUGGCAAAGAUUUUACUGAAGCACAACAGAAAGCUCGGCGGUCGUGUGAAGAACUUGAUGAAGACGGCAUAUGUCAAGGCCUCGAAACAGCUCCGGGAGUCCAGGUCGAGCUGGCCUGCCAUGGAGAAGGAGCUUCAGGAGGAUGCUGAGAACAAAGAUCUUCAGAAAUGGUGGGCUCUGACCAAAGCCAAGAACAUUAACCAGUUCAAGGAUCAUUACAGCCAGUGUGACAGGGACAGUGCCGCCGCUGCCGACUCAACCAUUCUUGAGAUGGUUGCUGACCAGGAUCUUGUUCUCGUGCUCGACAAGAAUAACGAGCUCAUCGCGUUCUGCGCAUCCAAGGCAGUACAGAAACUCUUCUCCGAAAAGGUGCUGGAAUAUAUUUAUACAUGUUUCGACAUCUACACCUACCACCAAGCCAUUCCAACACCUGAUCCAACACGCCAUCCUUUGCAGGCGGAGUUUCUUCGUGAGAAUCCCAAGUACGAUUGCAGGGCGGCCGAGGACAGAGAUCUGGCGAAGUGCGGUGUCGAGCACUAUGGUUGCCGUGAAAUGAUUGGUGACCCUCAUGGAAAGCACAUAUAUCCGACCAAAGGUAAUUCCAUAAGAUAUUGGCGCUCCGACAUGAUUACCACACAAAUAUAUCCAAAGCUCCAACGCGGACCUUGGCGGGUGCUGACGGAAGUGGCGUCCUUCUUCUUCAAACCACUCAUGCCAGCUUUAAGGGAGCCAUUCACGCUACGCGCAUUGCUGGUCAACUUGAGCACUGAGGACCACACCGAUUCCAAAGAUUGCCGAUAUGGAAUUGCUGCUUUGACGCCAUUUGGCAAUUUUGAAGGAGCUGACCUUGUCCUCCGCCAACUCGGCCUUCAAAUUUCUUAUCCAGCAGGCUCCGUCGUUCUGAUCCGUGGCCAUGAGCUCGCUCACUCUACUACUCAAUGGACCAAAGAAUCGAGGUUUGUUGGUGUUCAGACGUCUCACGAAGCUACCAGAGAACAUGCGUAUCGCAAGUUGGGUCGACCAUACCCACCAUUAGCCCUUGCCCCUAAUUUCUAUCCCAAAACCGCGAAGAUUGGGAAAGUGGACGUGGUGGAGAAGGCGAGUAUGCCUUCGGUGUCUCACAACCCAAGUCCAGGCAGCGCCAACGUGUUUGCCGGGAGCACUAUCUCCUCAAAGCCUGGUUGUCCAGAUUCCGAGGACAACGAAGACGGGGAGGUUCAGCAGGACGCCGUAAAGACUUUGUUGGAUGAUAACGGCGAUGACGAUGGAACCCGCAGCCACUACAGCUCAGAUACUGACAUCAGCUGUCGAGACUGUAAGGCACAAGAAGAUUACCCGGAUAUGGAGGUCUUCGAUAUGGAUGAUCGGGACUACAUGACCUUCGCCUAUGAAGAGGACCCCACAGGGCCCCGGUACUACAAGCUGGCGUCGCACAAGCGAAAGCGCUCAGAGAGCAGCAGCGAGGACGAAGAAGACACGAGCAGCGACGAGUAA